UAUAACUAAGAAAAGUUCACUUUCAUACUAAUCAUUAUGAAAAGCUAUGAUAAGGUAAUGUGAACUGUGACUACUACGGAAAUUAAAUAUCAAACAGUUAAUCAUGAAAAUAUGGAAUAUUUUAAUGUAUAUCUGAGAAAAUGAUAGACGAGUAAUUCAAUCGAUAUGCAAUUCCCAUUUUAUCUACAUAAUAGAUCAAUUGUACUUUCUUUAACAUCAAUCAUGUGAUCGAUAAACCUAAGUAAAUAUUCAUCAUGGAAUUAAAAUGUUUAUUUAUCAAAGAAAGCAACUAAUCUACCUGGUAACAUUAUGUUCGUAUAUUUAUGGUAUGUUAUUAUUUGUAACCACAACAUAUGCAAUCAAGUUAUAUAAAAAUAAUUCAUUACAAUCUAAUCAUAAUCUUGUAGACUAUUUACAUGAAUCAGAACACUUUCAACCAUGUAUUGAACAAUCAGAUCCAAUAUAUCCAACUGCUAAAAUGAUUAUUUGUAGAGAGGAUAUUACAUCACAGUUUGGCAAUAGAUUACCAAUGAUAAUUCAAUCCGAUAAUAACUAUUUAAUUAGUACCAUACAUAUUGAAAAUAAUCCCAAUAUUGAAAUAUGUACAUCUGGUACAUUUGAAAAUAUCAUGAAGAAUAAUCCUAAUGAUAUGACAACAUAUCAUGGAAUUAUUGAACGUAAACUUAUUCUGAAAGGAUUAUCGUUACAUAUAUUUCAACAUGGAUGUCUUAAAGGUUUAUCUGAUCUGGACGUACUUUAUAUUGAAAAUUAUUUCAAUGGAGAAUUGAAGAAAAUAUCUGGAAAUUUAUUUCAAGAAUUAAAAAAUCUACACAAUUUAAAAUCACUUCAUUUAGAAAAUAUUGAUAUGUCUAUUGGUAUACCACAGUAUGCAUUUCAUGGUUGGAUAAAACAUUUGAAAAUUUUAACUAUGAUAAAUAAUAAUUUGAAUAGAAUACACAAUGAAGCAUUUCCAUCGGAUAAUUUAGAAAAUAAACUUUUAAAAUUAAGAAUAGAACAACAAUCUGGUGAUGGUUGGAAAUUGUUAGAAAAUUCUCAUAUAUGGGCAAAAUAUUUAUAUACAUUAAAAUUAUUCAGUUUGGAUGGAACAAAUUUACAAAUGACAAUAGGUAAAACAUUAUCAUCAUCUAUUAGUGAUGCAACAAAUAUAAAAUCUAUCGAAACCAGUUUAAACUUACAUUUAGGUGAUUAUGUUAAUAAAAAUUUAGAACAGUUAAAUAUUCAAAAUUGUGGACUAACUAAUCUAAUUGACAACAAUGAUAAUAAAGAUUUAUCUAGUUUAAAUUUAUUUCAUUUAGGUAACCAAUUAAAACAAUUAUACAUAGGUUUUAAUCAAUUUCCUAAUUUUAACUUUAUAAAUGCCAUUAAAAAAUUUCAUAAUCUUCAAUUACUUAGUAUUAAUUCUAAUCAAAUACCAUUAGAGAAACUGCCUGAAUCAUUUAGUAUACAAUGGCCUUAUUUAAAAGAAUUACAAAUAACAUCCAUUGGUAUUAAUAAUAUUCCAAUGAAUUCAAUAUCUAAUCAUUUACAAAUAUUACAUUUAAGUGAAAAUCCAUUAGAAUUAUUUAAUGAUCAUUGGAUUCAAUUAAAUGAUCAUUCUAAUAUAAAUGAAGUUCAAUUAAAUGAAUUACAUUUAAAUUCUAUACGUUUAAUAAGUGUUCAAUUAGAAAAUGGACAAGCGAAUUGGGAGAAAAUAUUUCAACCAAUUAAAAAUAGUAUUGAACAUUUAAGUUUAAUUAAUUGUCAAUUAGAAGCUAAUAUGUUCAUCAAAUCAAUAUAUCAUCCAAAGAAUCAACAUAGUAACUAUACUAUACAAGAAAAUGUAAAUAAACAAAUUUAUUUAAAUUUAGGUUUAACACAUUUAAAACAAUUAAAAAGUUUAAUAUUAUCUGGAAAUUAUUUAGAAUAUAUACCACCUGGAUUAUUUGAAAAUUUGAAUAAAUUAAAUAGUUUAGUAUUAACACAAAAUCAACUUUUAACAAUACAAGAAUAUAAAAUAGAAAAUGAUAUUGAGGAAGACUAUAUUUCAAAAGAUGAAAUGAAUCAUUUAUUAAGAUUAGAUUUAAGUUAUAAUCUUUUAAUCACUAUGGAAAGAUGUGCAUAUGCAUUAGGUUUUAAAAAACCAUUUGAAAGUAUCAUCCCUUUGAAACCAACUUGGUUCAUUGAAAAAGAAUAUUAUCAUGAUAAACAAGAAUUAUCAACGGAUAAUGUAAAUGAUGAUAUACAUGAAUCAAAUCAAAUUUAUUGGUUAGGUGGUUUAAACAUUAUUGGAAAUCCUUUUGUAUGUGAUUGUCGAUUAGCAUGGUUCCGAUAUUUUAUUAGUCAAAUGAGUAAACAAUUUAUAAAAAGUGAACAGUUACAGAAACAAGAAGAAUUUAUUACAACAACUAAUAUUCCAUUUGGAUUUCAAAAAUAUUUAAAUGAAGCAAUCAAUUUUACAUGUUAUGGAAUAAAUCAAUGGACUGGAAGAAAUUUUUUAACAUUAACACCAAAUGAUCUUUAUAUGGAAGAACAUAUUGAUUGUAAGAUUAGACCAGAUAUUUAUGGUAAAGAUAUGAAAUCAUUAGAGACAUUAAAACCAUGCUGGAAAUUAAAUAAAACACAAAGUCCAAAUUUAGAAGAAAUUUUACAAACACGACAAGAAAUGAUAUUUCGAACUGGAGUUAAAAAUACAUUAUACGGUAGUCCAUCAAUUAUAUUGGAGAAUGCAACAACAAUAUCGAAUGAAGCAUACACUUUAAUUAUUUUAGCUGGAAUAGCUGCAUUAUGUUUUAUAAUCAUUAGUGUUAUUAUUAUUAUUUGGUUAUGUAUACGAUUAAAACGAAAUACACAUCAUAAACAUAUAAUAUCAUCAUCUGUCAAGCAUAGAAAACUCUUUAAUAGACGAUUAAAUAAAGUAAGUGAAUCAUUUAAAAAAUUUGAAUGUUAUUCAUUAUCACCAAGUUGUAAUUUAUUUACAUCAUGUAGUAAUUGUACAAAUAAUAAACGACAACAAUGUUUAUUUUGUGGUUGUACAAUGCAACAUUUACCUUGUAUAUCAAGCACAAAUGAAACUAGUCAUCAAUUAAUGCGACCAAAAUCACAUAGAAGAGAAGAUAGUAAUGAAACACAAAAUAGUAUUUUUGCAAAUCAUGCAAAUAAUGUACAAAAUUUGAAUAAUGAAAGAAUUCCUAGCUCAAUUUAUUCAGAAAUGACUGAUGUAGAAACACAAUCAUUAAAUCGAUUUAUCAACAUUAAUAAUACUGAUAAGAAAUCUGUAUUUAAGAGCAAAACACAGAGAAACCGAGAUAGAAAAAGAUCUCAUAUUAUUGAAUCGAAUCGUGCUUCUGAAUGCUCCGAUGAUGGGAAAAAAUCAAUUUUACAAGUAAGAAAAAAUAGUCAACCAGAUUUGUCAGUUAAUUCUCAUCUGAGGGGACGGAAGAGCCAGAGAAGCACUUAUAUAGAUGGAAAACCUUUACAGGCGAGUGCAAGUGUUCAAACUCUUUUACAGAUUGAUAAUAAUCAGUCAGUGAGAGCACUUAGACAGCCAUUUGAUGCUCUACUGCCACCAUUACCUGCACCGCGUAAAAGCAAGAGUAUAGGAGAUUUACAUCAGAACACAAGAAUUGAAUCACCAACACAUUUAUCAACCGGAAUGAUGUCAUUUAAUCUACGGAGAAGUGCUAAGCAAUUAGCCAUGAAGAAGAUGGAAGAGCAGUCAAUGCAACAACCAACAGAAGCGCCAGUUUAUUUAUUAAGACAUUAUGAUACGAAGAAGAAACGUUCCCCUGUAUCUGUUGAUAGCAUUCGUCGUAGUGCCCUACCAUGGAGAGACAAAAGUCUAGAUAAUAGUGAUUUUGCAAGUAUAAAGGCUGGAAAAUCCAUACUAACAAGUAGUAGAACAAGCCUAAAAGGUGUGUUUAGAAGAACUAGACUAAUAGUUUCCGCCCGAGCUAGACUAGAGAAUAAUGAGAAGAGUAAUAUAAACUUAAGAAAUAACUGGUUAUCUGCAAGUCGACGUAAAAUUGAACAAACAUGUAAAUGGUUGAAACGUGACCGAAUGUUCAAGAGAGACAGUCAUCCACUAUCAACACCAACACAACCGAAACCAAGACAAGUGCACAGUGAAAGUGAUGUGAAAUUUCUAGGUCCUGAAUUGCCGAAACCUUUUUUCUUAUUACCUAAAGAACCAGAAUACGCUACACCAUUCAUAGAACCACAGCAGAUCAAACAUACAGAUUAUCUACCAAUGUACCAUGAUAAGUCAAUGAUUUUGUCAUCCGAUGAGACAACAACGGAAUUACUCAGUAAUCAAAUGAAAUCAAUCACUAAAAAAUCACCAAUUGACGAAUACGUCACUGACUUAAUACAUAUUGAGCCGAUAAAUUAUCCCAAUAUGAUAUUAAUGAAUCCAUUCAAUUCAACACCGCAACAACAACCAACUCCGAUCGCUUCAGUAAAACCACCACCUACAAACACUUUGAAUACUAUUAAUAAUAAUAGUACCAGCACACUACCUCAUCCUACUUCUAGUAACCAACCAACUGGGAUAAAUAAUAAUAAUAAUAAUAGACCAAUACGACCACCGAGACAUCAAAAGCUUAAAAUAACAGGGGAUAAUACAUACAGUAUUCAAACAUUUUCCGAUAACAAAAAUGACAAUAAGAGUAAAAACAAUAAUCCCACACGAGGAUCAGAAUUGAACAAAAACAAGAAAUCUGACAAAUAUUGGCCACUAGAUUAUGAACUGCCAUUACCACCGCCGCCGCCACCACCUCCACCAUUCAUCCUCAACAACAAACCAAAAUUAAUAAAAUCGAACGGUAAUAAAAUAUUAUUAUCAAAUAUUGAGUCGAAUGAAGACAAUACUGAAGUGAAUAAUAAUGCAAAUAGUUCAUCAUUUCAUUCAUCUUCUCCUCCUUUCUCAACAUUGACACUACAACCAUCACUGAAAUCAAAAACUAUAAACGUUAAACCAUUAAGAAGUGCCAGAUUUCCACAGUCUGCAGCAACAAUGAUGAAAGAAGAUAAUCAUUCGAAGUUGAAUUUUACUACUGAACAAAAUAGUAAUAACAAUAAUAAUAAUAAUAAUAAUACUGUGAAUAAUACUAAUUACAAACUCAUUGAGAAAGCCUUAAAAAAACCAACCCCAAACAAAUGAGCUCAAUAAUGAUAAUAAUAAUUAUAUGAAUGGUGAAAAAAGAUGUAAGAAACCAUCGUUUACACUAUGAAGCUAAUUAAUAAAACAAAGUGAACACACUAUACACAGAAACUUCAUUGAUACAUACAUAUCUAAAGAUACUGUUGACAAACGCACAUACAGAAAGUACAAUGAUCUCAACUUAGCAUACCAUCUAUUGUAUUCAUUUAGCUUUAUGUGCUAUAUAUAUUUUUUCUAUUAUCAAUUUACCCGGAACACCACGUUUUUUUCUUUACUUACAUCAUUUUGUCUACAAUAUGACCUUCUAAGACGAAUUGACCAGUGUAUGUAAAUAGUAAACAAUGUAAAAAAAAUUUUAUUAGCGCUAAAAAAACUUUUAUGAUUACCUUUGUUUGUACAAAACAUCGUUGUAUCAGGGUGAUAAAUGAUAACAUUAUCACAUAGUGUAACCUUAUUUAAGAGGUAAACUGGUAAACUACAUUUAUCAUCAUACGCAACAACAAAUCUGUUUGGAUAGCGUAAUAAGAUGAAGAUUAUCAGAACUAUGUGGUAGAUUUGUGCAGUGCGUUUCGAACACUGAUCACAUAUAUACAUGUUAAGAACAUUUAUACGUGAAAAAUUAAAAGGGUAAACUAGACGAAUGGAAGCAUGAGAGGAAAUGAAGAUAAUAAUCAGCUUCCUUUCUUAUACAUUCUUAUAAGUAGAAGAUAUGGUUAAAUAGGAUGAUCCAUUUUUAGAAAGUCAACUUGGGUAGACCAGUAUCUUAGUUAUCAUAGUCAUUGCACAGUUCAAUAAAAAAGGGUCAAUUUAUUAGGAUUGGUGUUAUUUGUACAAACGAUACCGUUGAUGAUGAAGUGAAUUUACUGAAUAAAACAUUGAUAGAGAAUGGUUAUCCUUUAGAAUUUACAAAUGAAUGGGAAGGUUACAGUAUAGUGAGAUCUACUACAAUUUCGUAACCGAAAAACCUGUAUACAUCACCCUACUAUUUCAGAGGUGAGUCAAAUAGCAAAGUUUCAGAUCAGUUGUAAGUAAAACGCACUAUGCAGUAAAGGUAAUCAUUGUAGAAAAAAGAAGAGCCAUGCUUCACCAAAGACCUAAACGGCAUGUAAACGACUGCGCCACGUCUUACUGAGUAUAUCAGUUUAAGUGUAUAAGUGGCCACAUAUACAUAGAGAAGAGCAAUCGUGACUAGGAAAUUAGGGUGAAUAAUCAUAUACCAAAGUGAUUGUUAAGGCAUAUAAAAUCAAAUGACCUAAUAAGAGAUGAUAAGCGUUCAUCUUCGAUUGCUAAACGAAUGAAACAGAUCAUAAGAUUGACCUUAACUCGGCUUUUGUGGUGUUGUACAGAUGUGAUAAAGGACGUUGAUUAAAUUUGUUUGAAACCUUGACGACACGAAAACUUUAACUUAAAACCUUGGUAAUAUUGUUUUAUCAUCCAGCGUGAUGAGUUUCACAUUAUUUUCUUUAUGAUCUAUGUUUCCUCGUAUGCUUUCAUUUGUCCAGUUGAUCUUUUAAUUUUACACAUAUAAAUGUUCUUGACAAGUAUAUGUGUGAUUAGAUUGUUCGAAAUAUAUUGUGCACA